CUGAAAAGUUGAUUAAGGACUUAUGAUUUGUUUUUUGGACAAAUUAGGCGAGUAGUUUAGUUAGUUGCCAUUUCCCGCUGAAACAUCGAGGAGUUUUGGGAAGAAAAUCCUAGACAGAGAAAGAGUUUUAUCAGUUCGAGGGAAGGACGGUGGACGAGGCUUGAUCGAUGCAAAUUUGACCAUCGCCUUCCUCCCGUUAGCGCUAAAGUCAUCUUUCUCUCCACCUUUUACUUCCCGAAAUUCUCCUUUCACAUCCUUACAUCAUCAUUCCGUCCUCUUCUUUAUAGAUUUGCUUUUCCUUGAAAUCCUCACCAUUUCUUCAACAUUCCAUUUGUCUGGAAAUUAUCACCAUUUUCAAUUCCCCAAUAGCUGUUGAAUAUAUCCAGGAUUCAGUUGGGGGUAAUGGAGCAUCAGAAGUGAAGCGACAUCUUCAAUUAGAUCAUAUAACCAUAGUUUGCUUAUCGAGGCGAGAUUUGAAUGCGUUUGGAUAUCUAUUGGCUCGAAUCCUUCCUUGCUUACCCUCUCAGGCUUGAUAUCUCCUGAGAUCCAUGGGUAACUGUUGCAUUACUCCAUUUGGCAUUCACGAUAAGAAAAAGAAGGGGAAUAGAAACAAACAGAACCUGUUUGCGAUUGAUUUCGGUCAAAAUUAUGGAAAUGGUGGGAGCAAGAUCGACGUUUUGAAGGAGCCGACAGGCCGCGAAAUUGAGCUCAAAUACGAGCUGGGUCGCGAGCUUGGAAGAGGGGAAUUCGGAGUUACCUACCUAUGCACCGAUAAAGAGACUGGUGAGAAUUUCGCUUGUAAAUCGAUAUCAAAGAAAAAGUUGAGAACAGCCGUUGAUAUUGAGGAUGUGAAGAGAGAAGUUGAGAUCAUGAAGCAUUUUCCACAACACCUAAAUAUUGUGAACUUAAAGGACACUUAUGAGGACGACAAUGCUGUCCAUCUUGUGAUGGAACUGUGUGAGGGAGGAGAAUUGUUCGAUCGGAUAGUUGCGCGCGGACACUACACAGAAAGGGCUGCUGCAGUUGUCAUACGGACAAUCGUUGAAGUCGUCCAGGUGUGCCACAAACAUGGUGUGAUGCAUCGGGAUCUCAAACCUGAGAACUUUUUGUUUGCAAGCAAGAAGGAAACAUCACUUCUGAAGGUUAUUGAUUUUGGAUUGUCAGUAUUCUUCAAACCUGGUGAAAAAUUUAACGAGAUAGUUGGAAGCCCCUAUUACAUGGCUCCUGAGGUAUUGAAACGUAAUUAUGGCCCAGAAGUAGACAUCUGGAGUGCCGGAGUGAUUCUGUACAUCUUACUUUGCGGUGUCCCACCAUUUUGGGCAGAAACUGAACAGGGAGUUGCACAGGCAAUCAUACGAUCUGUUGUUGAUUUUAAAAGGGAUCCGUGGCCUAAGGUCUCUGAUAAUGCAAAGGAUCUUGUGAAGAAGAUGCUUAAUCCCAACCCACAGCAGCGUCUUACUGCUCAAGAAGUGUUAGACCAUCCAUGGUUACAGAAUGCCCAAAAAGCUCCUAAUGUUUCACUGGGAGAAACCGUCAGGGCAAGGCUCAAGCAAUUCUCUGCCAUGAACAAGCUCAAGAAAAGGGCUUUAGGGGUGAUUGCGGAGUACUUGUCAGUCGAAGAAGUUUCCGGAUUAAAGGAGAGAUUCCAACUGAUGGAUGUGAGUAACAGAGGCAAGAUUAACAGUGAUGAACUACAAGCAGGGUUGCAUAAAUUAGGGCAUCCUAUUACUAAUGAAGACCUUCGAAUUCUCAUGGAAGCUGGUGACGUAGAUAAGGAUGGGCACUUGGAUUAUGGAGAAUUUGUGGCCAUUUCUAUUCAUCUGAAGAGGAUGGGCAAUGAUGAGCACCUUCACAAAGCUUUCCAAUUUUUUGACAAGAACAAUAGUGGGUAUAUCGAAAUUGAGGAGCUACGUGAGGCCUUAGCCGAUGAAGUUGAUACAAACAAUGAUGUUAUUUGUGCAAUUAUGCAUGAUGUGGACACAGAUAAGGAUGGAAAAAUAAGCUAUGAGGAGUUUGAUGCAAUGAUGAAGGCCGGCACAGAUUGGAGAAAAGCAUCAAGGCAGUAUUCACGAGAGAGAUUUAGCACUCUGAGCCUGAAAUUGAUGAGGGAUGGGUCAUUGAGAUAAAAUGCUAGCCUUCCACUUCUGUCCUCCAUUGCAGUUCUUUUCUCCCUUGACUUCUGUUAUAUCCCUACGAGAAAACCCUUCUUUUGAGAUGAAGUGUAGGAUACUGUUAAGAGUAUACGAUGUCUGUGAAUUGGACCGUGUCUCUUCUGUUAGUUGAGUGAAGUUUUGGAGAAAUGACUGCGAGAGGAUUGGGCGAGUCAUAAUUGGAGACUGUAAAUACGCUAAAUUGUUAUGCUCAUGGAAGGAAAAGUCAUAUGCCAUUUCUGACAAGAUGAUGUUUUAGAGGCAGAAGACAGACGCACUUCCUCAGUUACUCGCAAUAACGAAGGCACCCUCUUAUUGGAAUAAUCAAUUUUUACAGUUCUUGCUGACCUUUUGACUGCGGUGUAUGGAGAAUGAUGCAGAAGGAGAAUUAGAACAAACUUGUGUGAGAGCAGAAAUGUAUUAGCAAAAACAUGGCUAAAAUUUGAGAUUUAUGGCUUGUUCUGUAUUUAUUUCGAACCCAAUGGAUGCAUCAUUCAUUGACAACUGACAGAGAGGCCAUCUCAUGUUGAAUUAUAGUAUUGUCAUACUAUUUAUUCAAUAAUUUUCAUAAA